AUGGCAUUGGCUAUUACUUGGUUGGUGGUGUCGCUGCGAUUAUCCAAGGCCAGCAACGAGCCACCAGAGAUGUCGAUGUUCGAUGUUCGUGUGACUCGGAUGGGUGAUAUAGAGAGGCGGGCGAUCCAGCGUAGGGCCAACUGGAAGCUCUGGUCGAGCCGGAAGAAACCACAUCAAGUAAAAGCAUUUAUCCAAUUUCCCACAGGGCAAAUCAAAAUCGAUGCUGUGGUUGUCCCCCCCCAUGAAUAUCGAAUCUACACCGCCCACAAGAUGAUCGUGGAAAUCCGCGGGAUCAAUGUCGCCACUCCCGCCCUCUUAGCGGUGAUCAAGCUUCAGUCAAUCGCCAUUCGAGGGAACAUAUGUAAGGUUUCACAAGAUGUUCGAGACCUCAUUUGGGCACUUGAGAAGGUCAAGGAGAAGGGGGAGGGCCCAGACUCAAUGAUACCACAAGAUGCCUUAGAGGCCGGUUUUACAGCAGGAUGA